CCCUGCUCACGCCCCCUCUCCCCGCUCCGGACCACCGCCGCGGUCCCGCGUUCCGAGCGCGUCUGAGAUCUCCGGAAACCCCCGGCCGAGCAGGACGGCGGCCUGAGGAACGCUCCGGAGCUGCAGCACCUCCCUCCGUGAGGACACCCCCGGGAAGCCCGGAGCGUGUCCGGAGCCCAUUCCUCUGGAGGUGUGUACUGCUCCCCGUUACUUUGAGUAAUUAAGAGCUGUGAUGUGGAGACCGCGCUCCCCUUUUCCGUGGAAUUACCCGACUCGUUGUUAGCUUUGUCUGCAUUAACUGCGUCCACCCUGCCCCUUUUCGGAAAAGCACUCUACCGGGAAAUUACUUAGCGCUCCUUUCCUUUUUUUUGUUUUUCCUCAAAAACCUGAGGGUUUGUGCUUAGCCAAUCGUUGGGAUCCCAGACUCUUAAUUCCUUUUUUAUUUCCCCCCAUUUUCUCUUCGCUCUUCCUCAGCACAAUUCCUUGUGGACUACAAAACCCUUUCAGGCGUUGGAUGUUCUCGGUUUUUUCAGAGGUCCAUCGCCCCUCCCAUGUUCUGGUCUCCCGUCCGGAAGCCCGCCCCUGACUUGCCGGUGGUCGUCGAGUUGCAGCGCCGGGAGGUAGGGUCCAUGCCCGGUUAACCGCCGCGGUGCCGUAACCAUGCGCGGGGCUCAGGGCGUGGCCGGCUCCCUGGUGGUCAGCUCCCUCCUGCUGCAGCUGGCGGGCGCCGGGGGCUGUCCGUCCGGCUGCCUGUGCACGGCGGACAUCCUGAGCUGCGGGGCCCAGGGCCUGGAGCAGCUGCCCGCCCAGAUGCCCGCCUACGUGGCCACGCUGGACUUCAACCACAACCGGCUGGCGCGGCUGGAGGAGGGCGGGUUCGCCGGGCUGCCCCGCCUCGAAACGCUGCGCGUGGCCCACAACCGGCUGAGCCGCAUCGCCCCCCGCGCCUUCCACAACGUCAGCCGCCUGCGGCACCUGGACCUGUCCUCCAACGAGCUGCACGUGGUGGAGCAGCACUACUUCCUGGAGCUGCUGGGCCUGGAGGAGCUGCUGCUCUUCGACAACCGCAUCACGCGCGUGGAGAGCAAGGCGCUGACCGGCCUCAGCAACCUGCGCAAGGCCUACUUCAGCCACAACCGCCUGACGGACUUCCCCUUCUUCUCCAUCCAGGAGCACAGCCACCCGUCCCUGCGCACGCUCGACCUGUCCUCCAACCGCCUUCCCAGGCUGCCCCUGGAGGACAUCGCGGCGCUGCCCGCCAACGUGCAGAGCGGCCUCUUCCUGCACAACAACACGCUGAUCUGCGAGUGCGCCAUGUACGGCCUGUUCCGCCGCUGGGACCAGCGGGCCUACGCCUCCGUGCUGGACUACCGCGAGGAGCACACCUGCCUGGUGUACGGGGAGCGGCGGGCGUCCGUGCGCUUCUUCCAGCCCGCCCGGCUGUUCGAGAACUGCCCCGCGCAGAGCUUCCUGGCGGAGCGGGCGGUCAGCGUGCAGGCGCAGGAGGGCGACUCGGUGCUGCUGGACUGCCCCACGUCGCUGCGGAAGAGGCGGGGGUCGCAGCGGCACCUGUCCUACCUGUGGGUGUCGCCGGAGCAGGAGUACGUGGUGCCGCCGGGCAACAACGGCUCGCUGCGCAUGUUCGCCAACGGCAGCCUGCAGGUGGUGUCGGCGCGGCGGCAGGACUCGGGCGUGUACCUGUGCAUGGCGCUGGACCGGCGGCCGCCGCCCGCCAACGAGUCGCACGAGGUCAACGUGACGGUGGCGGCCAGGCGCGGCGCGGAGGACGAGGCCUUCAACACGGGCUUCACCACGCUGCUGGGCUGCGUGGUCAGCCUGGUGCUGGUGCUCAUGUACCUGUACCUCACGCCCUGCCAGUGCUGGUGCCGCCGUCAGCCGCCCGCCCCGCCCGCCGGGGCCGCGCCGGGCACCGCGCCCGCCGCCCACGAGGGCAGCGGCCAGUCCUCCAUCCUCACGCCCACCCCGCCCGCCACCACGGAGGGGCCCGGCCGCAAGGCCAGCGGGAACAGCAAGCACGUGGUCUUCCUGGAGCCCAUCAAGGAGGUGCAGAACGGCCGGCUGAGGAGCACGCUGGCCGUCCCCACCGAGCACGCCAAGCCGCAGCCGCUGCGCGGGGACACCGACUCCGUCGCCUCCGUCUUCUCCGACGUGCCCAUCGUGCCGUAG